ACCAAUAGAGAAUCAAAAGAAUUGAACACAAACAAAUUAUAAACUUUUAACUACGAAUAUGAAAUUACCCAUUAAUAUAACUAAGUGAACAUCACAACCAACAAAACAAAACAGAUAAACAGAGCAAGAAUAAAAUUACUUAAUGUAAACCACCACAAUUUUUUUUAAAAAAAAUGAAAACAUAGUAUAAGUUUUGUAAAAUAAGAAAAAAGUAAACAUUAGGCGACUGACCUUUUCGUUUGUCAAUGGAGUUCUUAGACGAAGAUGCCAUACCCAGAUUUCUCUGCCAAUCAAAGCCAUUACAGCAAUCCAAUUCCUAUUCGAAAACUCAAACAUGUUCUCUGUACCAACCCGGAAUCAUCAUCUCCAUCUCUUCCGCUAAACUCAAAACUCAACAAACCAACAUUCUUACUAUCAAUGCUUAAAACUAAAACUAAGCUCCUUCAUAGAACAUAGUAAAAUAACUAAUGCACAGCUUCAAACAACGGACAACCUCCAUUCUUUGGAGCUGCCAGAGAGAUGGACAGCGAUGAUAAAAAGCAGCAGUUUCAACCAAGUAAUCACAGUAGGCAUCUUUCUGCGCUUCCUUUUCAAUUUCCUCAUACGCUUCUUCUUCCACUUUGCUUAAAACUAAAACUAAGCUCCUUCAUAGAACAUAGUAAAUUAACUAAUGCACAGCUUCAAACAACGGACAACCUCCAUUCUUUGGAGCUGCCACAGAGAUGGACAACGAUGAUAAAAAGCAGCAGUUUCAACCAAGUAACCACAGUAGGCAUCUUUCUGCGCUUCCUUUUCAAUUUCCUCAUACGCUUCAUCUUCCACUUUGCCCUCGUGCUUUCUCAAAAUUCACCGCCGACUCUCUCUUUAUAUCGUCUUCCGUCGCCUCCUACUUUGCUGCUACUGCAACACCCUUCUUUGGAGCCAUUUUUGCGGGAGAGUGGCGAUAUGGGUGAUGGCUGGUUGGAGGGAGAAGGAGAUGGGGGUUUGGGGUUUUGUUGGUUUUUUAUUGAGGAACGAUUGGGUGGUGGCUGGAGGAGUGAGAAGGGGAGGAAGAAAGAAGAAGGCGGCUGGAAGAGGGAAAAAGGAGUGAGAGAAGGGGAAGGGGAGAGGAAAAGGAAAGGGACCACGGGAGAUGGAGGGGGAAGGGAGAAGAGGAAGAGGGAGGGUGAGAGAGCGGCUGGGGGGUGUUUGAAGGAAGGGGAAGGGGCUGCUGGAGAGGAAGGGAUAAAAGGAAAGGGGCUACUGGGAGAGCAAGGGACGAAAGAGAGAAUGGAGGAGAUAGAAGAGAGGAGAAGAGGGAGAGUUUUUUUUAGGGUUUUCUUUUCUUUUCUGAAAAUUCCUCCCCCCCCCCACCUUUUUGACCUAGUUAAUAACUUCAAUAAAAAACACAAAAUGGGCUCAAUUGACGGUCUUAGCAUUGUGGCCCAAAAUUAUGAAUUUUUAAAAAAGUUAGGCCAAAAUUGGGUGUCAACAGCAUGUAAUCAGGAAUUUUGACACAAUUUUGUUGUUGAUAUUCAUCACAGAUCGUACCCAUUUCGAGCAUAUAAGACUCUUCACCAGUGUUUUUAUAAUGAUUUAACACAUGUCCAUGAUUCACUGUUGUGAGUAUAAAAGUGAACUUGGGAAUUUAAUAGAGUCAAUUGUAUAUGUAUUUCUCGUAAUUUUCAUUAUGAAAUAAUGUUGUACUUAAUAGGCAUAUUGUGUGGAAUUAAGGGUUUUUAAGUAGUAAUGAUGUGUUACUUGGGUGAACCCAAAGCAGAGUUGCUAAAUUAGUGAAUCUUAAUGUGUCAGCUGCAACUAUUUUAGUUGGGGGUUUUAAUGGGAAAUUAUUAAAUAAACCAUAUUACUGAAUGUCUUUGCAGUCACUAAUUUAAGAGUGAGGUUCUUAGAUAUAAAAAGAUAAUUUAUCAUC